UUCUGCUGUUUUAACUAGUUGCUCUCACAUUCUAUGCAAAGACAGCUAAAAAUGACAAACAACAAAACAAGAGAUUCCAAAGAAACAGAGUUAAGCUCAUUUGGAUCUAGAGAAUUUGAUGAAGAAAGGGAAGCGGCAUCUGGGUCUGCAGCACUACCCGUAUCUGGGGCACUUCACAUUCCUGAAACUAGCAGUAUCACUUAUAUUCCAGAUAUAACUCAAUUUCGUAGCUUAAGCAAUGGCCAUAGGCAUUCUUCAUAUGACAUUGAAACCACAAGCUCAACUCCCCUUCCAAUAUUUCUCAAGUUUGAGGACGUGGAGUACAGAGUGCAAAACCAGAAGCCCCCAGGAAUAUGGAAUCAACUUUCAAAUGGUCGUCAAAUUAUUGGCAGCAGCCAUAACAACCAGGCUUACAAGAGCAUUGUCAAUGGGAUAACUGGAAGCAUAGCUCCUGGACAAAUUCUUGCAUUGAUGGGCCCCUCUGGAAGUGGGAAGACUACUUUUCUCAAAAUUGUGGGAGGUAGACUGCAGGGAGAUAUCAAAGGAAAUAUAACUUACAAUGAUAUCCCAUAUAACACUGCUCUAAAGAGGAGGAUUGGAUACGUUACUCAAGAUGAUAUAUUGUUUCCUCAACUAACAGUCCAAGAGUCACUAGUUUUUGCUGCCCUUUUGAGGCUCCCAAACAAUAUGAGUCGCCAACAAAAACUUUUAAGAGCAGAGACUAUCCUUGCAGAUUUGGGUUUAGAGAGAUGUCGGCACACCAGAGUUGGAGGAGCAUUCGUUAGGGGGAUUUCAGGUGGGGAGAGAAAACGCACUAGUAUUGGGUUCGAAAUUUUAGUGGAUCCUUCUCUAUUGUUGCUUGAUGAGCCCACUUCAGGACUUGACUCCACAACUGCUACUAAACUUCUUCAACUUAUGCAACGCAUAGCUCAGAGUGGUAGAACAAUCAUGACGACAAUCCAUCAACCCUCAAGUCGUAUGUUCCAUAUGUUUGAUAAGCUUUUGCUCAUCUCAGAAGGUUCUCCAAUUUACUCUGGGCAAGCAAAGGAAACAAUGGCCUACUUUGCUUCAUUAAGGUUUGUGCCACAGUUGGCCAUGAAUCCUGCAGACUUUGUAUUGGAUUUAGCAACAGGACAAGUCAAUGACAUUAUAUUCCCAGAAGAGUUCCAAACCUCCUUUUCUGUUUCACGACAUCAAGAAUUUCAAAAAGAGAUAGUCAAGUAUUUGCAGAGGAUGUAUAUAACUGAAUUGGAAGCACAAGAGAAAGAGGCUUUGCAGAGGUAUGGAAAAGCUCCCGAUCAUUGGCAAUCAGCAGUUCAAGUUCAAAAGGAAUGGACAACAUCUUGGUGGGAACAGUUUUGUGUUCUAUCUAAGAGAAAUUUUAGGGAGCGUUAUAGAGACUACUUUGAUAAAUUACGAUUCUUUCAAGCCAUAGGAGUUGCAGUUCUACUUGGAUUUCUAUGGUGGAAAUCUAAGAUUGAAACUGAAGCUCAACUAAGAGACCAGGUUGGUCUGAUGUUUUACAUUUGCAUCUUUUGGACAUCCUCUUCAUUGUUUGGAUCGGUGUAUGUGUUCCCCUUUGAGAAAAAUUAUCUGGUAAAGGAAAGGAGGGCAGAUAUGUACAGGUUGAGUGCCUACUACUUAUGCAGUACACUGUGUGAUAUGAUGGCCCACCUCUUAUAUCCAAUCAUUUUCAUGUCCAUUCUCUAUUUCAUGGCUGGAUUUAAAAGGACAGUUUCUUCCUUUCUCCUCACUUUACUCGCCGUACUCUUAAUAGUCAUCACUGGCCAGGGAGCUGGAGAGUUUUUUGGAGCUGCCAUUCUUAGCAUAAAGCGAGUAGGCACAGUGGCUUCCUUGAUGCUGCUUGUUUUUCUACUCACUGGAGGAUACUAUGUCCAGCAUAUACCGGUGUUUGUGAGGUGGAUAAAGCACUUAUCUUUCCUCUACUAUGGUUUUCGGCUGUUGCUCAAGGUCCAAUAUUCAGCAGAUGAGAUGUAUGACUGCUUGGGAGAGGGUGGAUGCAAGAGUUUGCAAUCAUCUCCAUCCAUGGACACAAUCACACUCAAUGGAGGAGUGGAGGAAGGUUGGGUUUUAAUAUGCAUGGCCUUAGCAUAUCGAGUAUGUGCUUAUAUUUGUCUCCGGAGAAACAUAACUCUCUCACCUUCACCUUGAUCACUGUCUGUUACCAUUUUUAAGUCUAAAAAAGUUCAUGUUUUUGUCUGCUCUGCAAACUGUCCUUUGGCCUCAAAGAGAAAAUAUUAUUUGUUUCCCUUCCAACAGAUUGUUACAGCCUGAGGGCUGUGGUCUAGUUGGCAAGCGAAAAAAGGAAAAGAAAAUCCAUAUCAAGCCAAUUGAGGCAUAUGUGAAGUUUGCUCUAAACCCUAUUAUCAUUCAGCAUUUGUAAAUGACUAAAACUUGUGAACUGACUAAUUGGAAUUAAUUAUCAUUCUUUAA